AUGUCUCGAUCUGGUACUACCCUCUAUGUCACAGGCUUUGGUCAUGGCACCCGUGCCCGUGACCUUGCCUAUGAGUUCGAGCACUAUGGUCGUCUGGUCAGGUGCGACAUUCCUGCUCCCAGAACUGCAUCAAGCCGUCUCUUUGCUUUUGUCGAAUACGAGAGCCGCCGCGAUGCUGACGAUGCCUACCACGAGAUGCAUAACAAGCGAAUUGGCCGUGAUGAUGUCCUGAAGAUCGAGUGGGCUCGUACACCCCCAUCUGCUACCUGGCGAUACGAAGCUGGUCGCGGCCGUCGCGAACGGUCUCCUCCACGCCGAUCAGCUCGUUCUCCUUCUCCUCGGCGACGCGACUAUUCUCCCCGCAAAGACGAUCGCCGUGAUCGUGACCGCGAUCGAGAAAGAGAUCGAGACCGAGAAUACGAUGACCGUCGCCGCUCCCGCAGCCCUGCCGACCGUGAUCGUGAUCGAGACCGAGACCGGGACAUGAAGGACGAUCGAGACCGCCGCGACGAUGACCGCGAUACCGCCGCGAACGGUGACGAUCGGAAAGGUAUGAUGGAAAUCGAUGCCCAUGCAGUCCGGAUUUGA